AUGUCUAAUUCCCCAGAAACCCUCCAGAGCCUUGCGGCCAAGGUGACUGAGCUCUCAGCCUCCUUUACCAAGUUCCUCGAACAGAACAAAAUCCCCCACCCAACCUUCGAAGCCGAUAGCCCGACCAGCUAUGAGGGUAUCACGCCCGAGGCCUUUGUCUUGCGACAGAAGCUCCUCGACUCCUUGCAAGACAUGUGGUACCUCGCCCAGGGCCCAAGCGAGAGCAUCUUCAACUAUGUUCACAACUCCAUGCCUGACGUUGCCGUGCUGAACAUUCUGAACCACUUCAACUUCUGGGACGCAGUCCCCUUGGUUGGCUCGGCUGAUCACGCUACCAUCGCCAAGCACACCUCCCUACCGCAAGAAGUCGUCGAGCGCGUCCUCGAGCACGCAACGACGCUUCGCCUCUUCGCGGAAGUCACACCAGGUCGACCAGCCUCGGGUGUCCGCCACACAUCCCGCUCCGCUGCCCUCGCCAAGAACACAGGUCUCCGCGCCCUCGUCGCCACCCUCCUCGACGAUGCCGGCCCGCCCAUGACCGUCAUGAACCGUGCGCUCGAGCAGCACUGCAAGGGCCAGACAGAGCUGUCGCAAGACAUGACCAAGACAGCUUUUGCCGUGCUGCACAACAACGACGGCCCGCUCGGCCGUUACAAAAACAGCUGGGACUACAUCGAGAAUGACGGCGAGGGCGAGAAGAAGGGGUGGCGGUCGCGCAAUUUCGUCACCUUUAUGAACUACCUCAAGGACAUCUUCCGUCUCGAGCAGGUUGUCCUCGACGCCUACGACUGGAAAGCCGCGGGCGACAUUUCUGUCAUCGACCUCGGCGGCUCGGGCGGCCACGACGACUUUGCCCUGGCCAAGGCCUACCCGAACCUCAAGAUCACGGUGCAAGACCUCCCCGAGGUCGAGCCCGUCUUCACAGCCAACCGGCCGGCAGAGCUCGCCUCGCGCGUCACCUUCCACGCGCAGUCAUUCUUCGAACCACAGGCCCUGUCGGCCGACGUGUACAUGUUCAAGCUCAUCCUGCACGACUGGCCCGACAAGGAGUCGGUGCAGAUCCUGCAGGCGCUGCGGCCGAGCCUCAAGCGCGGCGCGCGUGUGCUCUUCAUCGACUACGUCGGCAAGCAGGGCGAGCAGGAGGGCGAGCCGUUGCCGCGGUCGAUCCAGCAGAUGGGCACGUCGACCGACAUUCGCAUGAUGGCUCUGUUCGCAACCAAAGAGAGGCCCGUCAAGGCCUGGGAGGAGAUCUUCCACAAGGCUGAUGAGAGGUUUGAGAUUGUCAGGGUCGAGGCUAACCCCAUGACAUUCUUUGUCAUCAUCGAGGCUGUUUGGCAGGGAUGA